AUGUGGGCUGUCCAGCGUUGCCACAUAUAUGUCGUUCACCUACUCUUACAGUCUGGUGCAGAUCCCCUGAUCGUUGACAACCAGGGAUAUAAUAUGCUCCAUCUUGCAACGCACGAUGGCAACGUCUUCAUGAUGCUAGUUCUAUUACACCAAAACAUCCCGGUUGACAGCCCCGACCCGUCCGGGCACACCUGCCUCAUGUGGUCAGGUUACAAGGGUUAUCCUGCAUGUGUGGAGUUGCUACUACAAUGGGGCGCAAGCGUCAAUGUACGGGACGAAAAAGGAUUUACUGCACUACAUUGGGCACUGGUCAAGGGCAAUGCGUUCUGCAUUCGCAAGUUGAUCGAAUCUGGCUCAGACCGCUUCGCCGAGACCAAUGACGGGAAAACACCCGCUCUUGUUGCUCACGAAAUGAAAUCUAAGGGUCCUUGGCACCGAUGUUUGAAAGCGCUGGGGUUCAAUUCGGAUGGCACUCAGAAGCAGCUGCCUCUACCGUACACCACAUUUGUCAAGACCCGAGUAUUUCAUACCAGAUUUUUCUUUCUUCUACCGUUCUUUGAGAUCAUCGUCAUCCUCGGUAUCAUGGGUCGGAUGGUCAUCUUCUUAGCUCUUCCUCUCGCCAUGUUUCUCUUAUACACUAUGCAAUUUGCUGCACAACAGGUUUUUCCAUGGUCACCUACUGACAUGAAACAAUGGGAUCACACUAGCUUACCGUCGCCCCCACAAAAAGGGUGCAACAUUCUCUCGGAUGGUAUCUGCGAAUAUGUCCUCCGAGACUCAUUCACAGUGGCUCUUGCAAUUUGGGUCACGCUACACCUCAGCUGGGUCUCUAUGCUUAUAUUUACACAUCUGUUUCUGGUGUCAAAAGCUCAAACAACUUGGGAAAGCAUGCGGGGGCAUGGUUCACACAUCACCCGGACUUCUGAAGUCGUGACUGCUGCGGUGACCUCAGGAUCGACAUCCAUGGACGCUGCCCAGAUAUCGGAUACAGGCCCGAGCUCCGCCGCUUCAGGGGUCACACAUCAACGGCGCCCAUCCAAGAGCUGGUUUGGGUGGUGGAAGACUCUCCUCGGACUGGACAGCUUCGUGGCCACUGCCUCAGGCAAGGCGACGAAAAGAAGAAAUCCAUUUUCCAGAGGACUGAUAACGAAUUGCAAAGACUUUUGGUGCGAUUCAGCACCGUAUCUUACUAUGAGAGAAAAUGGCAGUGGGACCUUGGAUGGUGAAUCUGUAAAUUACGUGAUGAUGUAUGAACCGCCAUUGAGGCAAAGAACCAGAGAGGGCGGGAGUGGCGGUGUAUAUCAUAAUAUUGAUGUGGAAGAUGGUGUAUAG